AUGUCAGAAAUAAAAGUUUAAUUUGGUGACGUUAAUGAAAAAAAUUAUGAAUUGUUAAGAACUUUGAAUUCUGUAACAUUCCCAGUUUAGUACACUUUAUCAUUUUACAAUAAGGUGUUGACUUAUAACAAAUACUCAAGGUUAGCUUUUUAUAAUGAUAUUCUUGUUGGAGCUAUGACAUGCAGACAAGAAGAAAAGGAUGGAUAAUAAAGUCUUUAUAUUUUAACUAUUGGAGUAUUAGAUGCCUAUAGAAAGCAUAAAAUUGGAUCACAAUUGAUGGACGAAUUAUUAAAAUUAGUUAAACAAGAUCCAGAAAUUAAGUUUAUUUAUUUACACAUGUAAGUGAACAACGAAGUUGGUCUAUAGUUUUACAAAAGAUUUGGAUUUGAAAUUGCAGAAACUAUAGAUAAUUAUUACACUGAUAUUAGUCCUAAAGCCUGUUAUAUUUUGAAAAAGAUGCUUUGA